AUGGAGUAUUGGAAAACGAACUCGCCACAUGGACGAUCCACUGCGGGGUUAUCCGGGAAAAGUCACGAUGAUGAAGCGCGGCAUGCAGCACUCACGAUCCACCAGGCAGGUGCUUUGCUCAAGCUAGGAACGAUUGGAUCUCGGCAGUUCCUUCAGAUUGCUGCAGUGGCCCGUGCAGGCGUGAUCGAGAUUUAUGUCAAGAAGUUGCCCUACUUAUUACUGUACUGGUAUGAAAUUUUGGUAUAUUUUUCAAAGGCCACUCCAGUGAAGUGA